GCUCCGUCGGUGGCCGCUGCUGCCUGCAUCUGAGGCGGGCUGAACCGGCGGCCGAGCUGGGCAGGGGUGGACGCCGAGGCCGGGCUGCGCCUGCUUCGCACAGUGUGGCUUCCUUUGGACAACUGAUGAUAUUUAUCAUUGUGCCACGUUUCUACAAAUAAAAGAUGGGUGGAUUAUUUUCUCGAUGGAGAACAAAGCCUUCAACUGUAGAAGUUCUAGAAAGUAUAGACAAGGAAAUUCAAGCAUUGGAAGAAUUUAGGGAAAAAAAUCAGCGAUUACAAAAAUUAUGGGUUGGAAGAUUAAUUCUUUAUUCCUCAGUUCUCUACCUGUUCACAUGCUUAAUUGUAUACUUGUGGUAUCUUCCUGAUGAAUUUACUGCAAGGCUUGCCAUGACACUCCCAUUUUUUGCCUUUCCACUGAUCAUCUGGAGCAUAAGAACAGUGCUUAUUUUCUUCUUUUCCAAGAGAACAGAAAGAAAUAAUGAAGCAUUGGAUGAUUUAAAAUCCCAGAAGAAAAAAAUACUUGAAGAAGUCAUGGAAAAAGAAACCUAUAAAACAGCUAAAUUAAUUCUUGAAAGAUUUGAUCCAGAUUCAAAGAAAGCAAAGGAGAUGGAGCCGCCAUCUGCUGGAGCACCUGUGACUCCAAGACCUGGACAAGAGAUUCGUCAGAGAACAGUUGCUCAAAGAAACCUUUCUCCAGCACCAGCAAGCUCUAGUCAGGGACCUCCUCAACAAGUUCCAGUAUCUCCUGGACCACCAAAGGAUUCUUCAGCCCCUGGUGGACCACCAGAAAGAACUGUUACUCCAGGCCUUCCAUCAAACAUGUUACUAAGACGUCUUGGAUCCCCUGCUACUUCAGUGCCUGGAAUGGGUCUUCAUCCUCCAGGUCCACCCUUAGCAAGACCCAUUCUUCCCCGAGAACGAGGUGCACUGGAUAGAAUUGUUGAAUAUUUGGUUGGUGAUGGUCCACAGAACAGGUAUGCCCUUAUAUGUCAGCAGUGUUUUUCUCAUAAUGGCAUGGCUUUGAAAGAAGAAUUUGAAUACAUUGCUUUUCGAUGUGCCUAUUGUUUUUUCUUGAAUCCUGCAAGAAAAACCAGACCUCAGGCUCCAAGACUUCCAGAGUUUAGUUUUGAGAAAAGGCAGGCAGUGGAAGACUCAAGUUCAGUUGGUCCUUUGCCAUCAGAAAGUAUGCUUUCGUCAGAGAACCAGUUCAGUGAAGGAGGAGCAUUACCCCAGAUGUCUCAUUUUCUGUCUGAACUCUCCGGAAUGAAGUCUAACUGGCUCAAACUCAACCCUAAUAAGAAUCUUUAGAAGAACAAGAUGUUCUUGAUAAUAGUACAGUGAAGACAGAUGACGAAGUAUCAGCCACAGAGCAGACACACCAAGUGAUUGAAAAAGCAUCUGGCUCACAGGAGUUAGAGGAAAAACAAGAAGAGACUGCAAAUGAGGAAGCCUCAAGGAAUGACACCAAGUCAGCAGUUCCCAGCACGGAUUCUACUGAUUUUGAACUAAGUGGAGAAUCUUUGAUGACGAAGUAGUAAACCCUUCCACGUGCCUUCAACUGGAUAUUUGUUGUCUUGUUGAUGUCAGUUUUUACUUUUUUGAUGGUACUUUAAAUUUUUUUGCUCCUCUACGUAUAUGCUUUAUAUCAUUUAAAUUCAGAUUAUCUACCAAUUUCAGUAUGUCAAAGUUUUAUAUGCUGGAUGCUAAAAUUAUAAGCAAGUGGUAUCAGUGAAGUAAAAUCCCUUUGAAUAUGCAAAAACCAACACUAUUUAGACAGCUUUCAGAUAUUUUAUAUCCAUUGUAAAAGUCAAAACAAAAAGAGCAUUCUUGUUUUAUAUACAUCUGUUUGGACAUAGGAAGAACUUUGGCUACGAAUAAUUUCUCUAAUAGUGUUUGGGGACGAACUGCAAUACUUUGGUAUUAAAAACAAAGUUUUAAGUCUUGAGAUAUUUGCCAGUGGGGAGUAAAUGUCUACUUAGGUGUUUACAUUAAUUGAAGUGAAAGCUGUAACUGUAACUACUAGAUAUUGGUACGAGCUCUCAAUAGGAAUGCAGUUGAACAGUCAAGUGCAGUGUUUCUUUUGAUGUUUUUUAUUUUGCAGCUGGGCCAAAGGCACAUGGUAUAUAUAUUUAGUUUAUGUUUACAUAUUAACAUAUAGGAAAUAUAUGUGCACUUGACUGUACUUGAAUUCUUAGUUAUUAUUUAUACUUGUUACAUAAUGAUGAUACAGGAGUGAAUUUUGUGCUCUGUGUAUAUUUUAUUAAGGAAAUAAAGAUAAUCUGGUAGCAAUUUAUUUUUUUAUAUAUCUAUUUAGACUUCAAGCAGUGUCUUGGUGGAUGACUUGGCUAACAGGAAAAUCUUAGUAGGAAGAGCUUCACAGUAUGAUGAAUCAAGUUAUGUGGCUUUUUAUUCAGUAGUGGUAUUAAUGAGAGUUUAGACCUUUUAAAUUCUGGAACACCUCAGGCCAUUUCUAGUUUUUAACUUUUAGGAGACAAAUAUGCUUUAUGAGACUAGGCAGUUAAUUGCUAGUAGCUCACUGGAUUAAAUAAGUGUAUGUAGGAUCAAGUAGGAAGAAAUUUUGACCCAGGAUGGUAAUUCUUUGAGUUUAAAUGCAAUGUAGUUGUGUUUAUUUCUCAUCUUUAAAAUUUAAAGAAAAAAGAAAUCAAGUUAUUAUACCAGCAGGAAGAAUAUAUAAGGAGAGUGUCUGGCUAAUGUUUCAGUAUACACAAUUUAUUAAAAGCUGAGUAAAACAUCUAUUAUGUAAAAAUUCAUUUUUGUAACAAUAUCUCAUGUCUCAUAUGAGGGUGUUUCUAAAGAAGCCAAUCUUAAGGUACCUUUGUAAAGUGGCCACACUUCUCAAGCAUGUGGAACUGAACUGUAAUUCCAAGACUGUAAUCUUGAACAGGUCACCUAGCCUUGCUGUAACUGUUUUCUCAAUUGUAAAAUGGCAAGAAUAAUGCCUGUUUUUAGAGGUAUUGGAGUGAUCAAAAAUAAUGUAUGUAUUUGAAAGUGGGCCCUUACUGGCUGAUAGUCUAUGAAUGUUAAGUAAAUGACAUUUGUUGUUAUUGAUAUCCUUGUGAAACAUAGGAAUUAUGGCACAUAAAGAAGUUAAAAUAUAAUACAUGCAUCAAUUCAGCUGCUUAGAAUGAAGCCCGUUUCCUCCACCAGUCUUGCCCCAUAUAUGUGUGUAAAUGCAUAGAUUAAAAAAAAAUAGAAAACUGGAACUUUGGAAUAUAAUUAUUUUUAAA